UUAACCUACGGAAGACGUCAUGCUGAUGUCUUGAGCUGAGGGAGACUUCAUCCUUAACCUGUCACUCAUCCAUCCGUGUUAGUUAUUCCACACCUGGUCCAGCCUCCACCAGUUACAGAGCACCAACAGCAACCACCACCAACUCCACCUUUUCCCCACCCCCCUCCUGCCCAGCCUGCCGUCACCAUGACGUCGGAGCUGGAGAGUAGCCUGACCUCCAUGGACUGGCUUCCUCAGCUGACCAUGCAGGCAGCCAUCCGCAAGGCAGAUGCCCAGAAUGUACACGGGCCAGGCAUGGGCAAGAAGAGUACCCUACUGGAUCCUAACACCACAUUGGACCAGGAGGAGGUGCAGCAGCACAAAGACGGAAAGCCGCCCUACAGCUACGCCAGCCUCAUCACGUUUGCCAUCAACAGCUCGCCAAAAAAGAAGAUGACUCUGAGUGAGAUCUACCAGUGGAUCUGCGAUAACUUUCCCUACUACAGGGAGGCAGGCAGUGGCUGGAAGAACUCAAUACGGCACAAUCUGUCAUUGAACAAGUGUUUUCUCAAAGUGCCUCGCUCCAAAGAUGACCCAGGAAAGGGCUCUUAUUGGGCCAUCGACACCAACCCAAAGGAGGACGCCUUGCCUACACGGCCAAAAAAGAGGCCGCGGUCAGGAGAGCGGGCUUCUACGCCGUACAGCCUGGAGUCGGAGUCUUUGGGGAUGGAGUGUAUGAUCUCUGGAAGUGCCUCUCCAACACUGGCAAUCAACACUGUGACUAACAAGGUGGCGUUGUACAACACAGACCAGGAAGGGAGUGAUAGUCCAAGAAGCAGCCUUAACAACAGCCUGUCUGAUCAGAGUCUGGCUUCCGUCAAUCUCAACAGUGUUGGCAGUGUUCACAGCUAUACACCGGUGACCAGUCACCCAGAGCCUGUGUCCCAGUCUAUGAGCCUCCAGCAGCCCCCACAGUCCCAGUACAACAUGCCAGACAGGGACAAGCAGCUCCUGUUCUCUGAAUUUGAAGAUCUCAGUGCCUCCUUUCGCAGCCUUUACAAGUCCGUUUUUGAGCAGUCCUUCAGCCAACAAGGUCUGAUGGGCAUACCGUCAGAUUCCUCCCAGCAGACCCACACCUCGUGCUCCUAUCAGCACUCCCCCGGUGGCAACAUUAGCACUCAGAACAGCAUGUCAAACAACCAACCCAACAGCCACCCCAACAGCCACUCCGCCAACAGUGGCCAGGUGCCCCUGUCCCAUCCCGCCCAAGCCCACCCAGGCCACGGCUCGCCCCACGCACAGCACCUCCCGCAGCACGGCGGUCCCCACAACCAACACACCCAGCACAGCCAACACAGUCAGCACCCCCAGCACGCUGCGCACUCUCAGCACGGGCAGCACCCAUCGCAGCACCCGUCCCAUGGCCAGCACCCACAGCAACACACGCCACACCCCUCCCAACACACGCAGCACAGCCAGCACCCUGCUCAACACGGACAGCAGCAUCAGAGCCUCUCCCACCAGCCCCAUCCUACCCAGCAACAGAUGGCCUGCAACCCAGGUUUACUGUCUGACUGGUACCCAAAUCUGGAUGCACUGAAAGAAAGCUGUCGUAUUGCUAGCAGCUAUAACUGGGCUGAUGUCGACCUUUCACCUUUCCAAGGAUUGAGAGAGAGUAUGAGACAAGCGGAGUUGAACAACUGGUCCCUGGAACCCACCCAGAUUGCCGACCUCUGCUCGUCCAUCAACCAGUUUUUUGCUCGCACCGGUGUAAUCCAGCCACAGGGGGCAGUGCAGCCUCCUGUUUGUCAUGGCUCCAUGCUCCCCAACAAACCCAGCCAGCACCUCAACACAGGAAAUCUCUACAUGGACACCAGACAGAGCAUGUCCAUGAUGGGUCCUCCAGGAUAUCCCCACAUGCCACACAGCGCAGGACCCACAAUGACAGGACACCAUGCACAGAUGAACCAGCAGCACAUGAUACCUACCAGAAACUUCCAGAUGCAUCGCAUGCCAGCUGAUGACAUCCAGGAUGACUUUGAUUGGGACUCCAUUGUCUAGCCCCUAGACCUCCUUUUGCAAAACAAAAGGGAGCGAGGAGAGAAGGUGGAAGCCAGGCUGAGCUGAAAGGCCGCAGGAGGAGUAGGAGGCCACUGUGGGGGGGGUGCAGAAGAACAUUUGACAAGCUUUGGAGAAAGACAGACUUCAGAGUCCUGACAUUUUUACAAAAGCAAAACAUAACAUAGAAAAUGUUACUUUGAAGACAAUCAUAUUUAGUCGGACACGUUAAAGUGAUUGCUUAUCUACUUGCCCAGAGACAAGUAGAACACAUUCAUGUCUAAACCACAUGCUCCUCAGCUCCUCAGCCAGCCUUCUCCCCGUCCCUAGCCAGCAGCCUUCCAAAGUCCGAACCCCUCCACCCAAAUCCCUGCUCCGUAACCGUUAUGUGAUUUGAGCGACGUGUUCAGCUUGUAAUUCUUCUCGUGUUGACAUUGGCCUCAGCUGCCUCUUGGAUGAGUUUCUCUCUUUAAAAAAAAGAAAAAGAAAAAAAAAAGAAAUUUUAUUUCAAUUUUUUGUUUUUAAGAAACACAGGCUGAUUCUGUGAGUAAUGUGAUGGUGCUCGUUUGUCACAUUUGGGAGAAAGUGGGCCCCACUGUGGCUGAAUUGGUGGUAAAGUCAGGUUUACAAUAACUUUGAACAGGGUGUUAAAUGUUUAAGCAGGCUUGAAAUUAAACAAACCGAGAGAGAAAGGGAGAGCAAGAUGGCAGAAAGCAUGGUGAUCUGUUUGCAUAGCCAGCCAACGUGAUCAAGCUCACUGCAACAGACUAGUUAUGGGAGUACAGCAACUUGGUUUUCUCUGUAUUCUGUCUCAAGCACUUCCAGAUGAGUAAAUACGAUGGGUCUGAGAAGAAGGUGAAGGCAGGAAUUUCUUUUUGUCUUUUUAAAUUCUUUAAACCAAAAGUAACGUGAGGUUUUGGUUCUCUGUGUGCAUCAUGUCUGUUAAUAAUUGUUUAACGUAAAAUACUACAACAAAUUCACAUUUUUAAGCUAGUUUUAAUGGUAAAGUUCAUUAGUUUUAGGUGAGUAGCCUAUUGAUCAUUAAACAAGCCACCCUCAUUCAGAGACUAUGAAAUAAUUUGCAAUAGAGUCUGAUGGGCCAGUAUUAUCGGCUGAUCAUCUUAUUACCAAUAUAUCUGUAUGAACAUAUACAGUAUGUCAGAUAAUAAGCAAUAAGUUACUGUCGAGAAAUGUCAGAUAUUUCUGAGAUAGAUUGAUCAUUUAGAAACGUUGUUCCUAUUACACAGUAGGCCAGAGAGCACUGACAAGUUUAUUUGAAACUGUUAUUUGUCCUGAUCCGCAAGUAUCAUGGUCACAAUUUUAGAGAAUCUAAAAUGU